GCCACGGCUCCGGUGUCAAUCCCGUCAAACGGCAGUAACUCGACCAGCUCGGCCUCCACCAGCUUCACUCCCACCAACAGCUCCAACUUCAGCAUCUCCUGGCAGUCUCCGCCCGUCACCUUCACCGGAAGCACAAUGUCUCCCAGUAAAAGCCAGGGCUUCGGUGAGCAGCGCUCUCAGACCAUCUCUGUCCUCUCGUCUCCUCCCAGAGCCACCACCGCCCUCAGUCGGAAGGUGCGUGGUGAAGGGAAGAAGUGCCGAAAGGUGUAUGGCAUGGAGAACCGAGACAUGUGGUGCACCGCCUGCCGCUGGAAAAAGGCCUGUCAGAGAUUCACCGACUGAGCGUUCUCCAGUUAUGACAAGGCGCUCUACGCCCACAGCCGUUUCACCACAAAGCAGGGAGGGGCAUCAUUUUGCAUGCAUUUGGUUUUUCUUCAAAAUCGCAACUGUCCGUCAAGCUCCAGCUCCGCCCCCUGUGGAUGCCCCUCCUCCUCAGCUCCACUGAACCAUUCCAGCAGUGGGAGGAACCGAAGGACAGUCAACUUUUACAGUGCUGUCCAGGAUUUCCCACUACUGCCUCGCCAUUCCCAUCGUUCUCAGCUUUGGGAAACCUUAGUGCAGCUAUACAGUAUAAAGAAAAAAAAAGAUCUAAAGAUUUCUCCUGUUUUUUUUUUUUUUUUUUUGAGUUCAGUGUUGCAUCUUUCUUUGUUUUGUAAAGCUCUGGUUUUAAAUAGAAAGUCAA